CCCAGCUGACCGGAAUGGCGCGAGAAUGUAGCGAAGUUACGUUCGGAAAAGUUACCAUGAAUCGGCUGCAGUUCUGACCUUCCACUUUCUCCACAGCCGAGCGAAAAUCCAAUUUCAAAGUCUUAUUUGAGGUUAUUUGCAACUCUUACGGAAAAACAGUGUCAAUUUUGUGUUUUCAAAACUCCUGUUUACCGCAUUGCAUCCGGAAUGAACAAAUAUACUACAAGGCACAGCGUGCGUGCAAAACGAAAAUACACUUGGAAAGGGAGGCCUGUUCGUGUAAACCGUAAAUUGCAGGAUUUGGUCUAUGAAGCCAUUCAGAUAGAAUAUGAAGGAACUUCCAAUAUUCAGUGCGUCAAAGUUGAAGAUUUUGUUUUAAUCAUGAGCGAUGACGAGGAUCGUCCAUAUGUGGCAAAGUUGCUAAAAUUAUUUGAGGAAGGUGCAGGGCAACCUCCUACAAAGCACGCUCUUGUCCAGUGGUUUGUUCGUAUUGAGGAGAUACCCAAAUCAAAGCAGAAGUUAUUGGGAAGAGAAGCCCAUCCCAAUGAGAUCUUCUUGUAUGAAGUGGCUGACUGUGAUAAUCUGAUUGGUGCUGAAACCCUUCUUAAGCAAGUAAAGGUAUGCCAGAUUGCACCAGAUGACCCUUUUCCUCCAUCCACUCCUGGUGAGGAUAUUUUCUUUGUCAAGCUGAAGUGGGACGGAAAGAGUUUUAACAAGCUACCUCGAGGUGAAUUCCCAGCCACUAAUUCUUCUGAGCCUAUUCAUAAUAAUAAAAACCUGGAUUCCAUGCCCAGCUGCACACAGAAGUCUUUCCCGAAUCAUAUGGAUGUUAAAAACGCUAAAGGUGAUAUGGUGAUGAAGACUGCUGAGUAUACUUUACAAAGUAAGAAGAGUACAAAAAGCAGUUGCUCCAUGGAUAUGAAGAAUCCUUUGCAAAAUGAUCUUAAAAAAUUUUCAAAAAAAACACAGAUGGAAAUUUUGUCUGAACUUCUUGAUGAAGUUGAUGACAACGAUGAAGAUGGUCGUCCGAGGAAAUGUCAUCGGGCGGAAAAGAAGCAUCGAGUUGCAAAGCGCAAAGUAGAUUUCAGUUGCAUUUCAGAUAAUCCUCAAUCGCCUUCUAAAAGGUUACAGAGUCAGUCGAUGAAAAAUAUUGGCCUUUCACCUUUAGUAAUGACUGAAAAGGCAAUGGAUAAUCAGUUGUCUCCUCUUAAAACUUCAAAAAUGAAACAACAGCAUUCAAGUCCUCCCAGAAUUAAUGGAGAAAACAUGGAUAGUUGUAGGCCAAAGAGAAUUAAAAGGCAGAUGGAAAAUAUUGGAGCGACUCCACGGCCUCGUAGAAAGUCUGUAAGCCAGCGUACACUUUUUUAUGCGGAUAACUUUCAGAGUGAUAAGGAUAGUGAAGAGUCUUCUGAAGGUGAAUUUAUUCCAGACAAUGAGAAAGACAGUGGAAGUAGCAGUGAGGAUGAGGAGCAAGAUGAUGACGAUUCUGUGUCCGUUAGGAAAUCUAUGAGGAGAACACCAAAGUCGAAAGUAAAAGUGCCUGGAUCAAGAACACCGAGAACCCCAAGGACACCUAAACAGCCUACUCCCCAUAUUCCUCGGAGAACCCAGCUGGCCAAAGAGCCUGUCAGUGUAUUAGAAGAAGCCAGGGCGAGAUUGCACGUGUCUGCAGUUCCGGAGUCCCUACCCUGCAGAGAACAAGAGUUUCAGGACAUUUACAACUUUGUGGAGAGCAAAGUCAUUGAUGGUACUGGAGGAUGUAUGUAUAUAUCAGGAGUGCCAGGCACAGGAAAAACUGCAACAGUACAUGAGGUGAUGAGGUGUCUACAGCAGGCAGUGAAGCAGGAAAACCUCCCGUCCUUCCAGUUUAUAGAAAUCAAUGGAAUGAAGCUUACAGAUCCGCAUCAAUGCUAUGUACAGAUAUUGAAGCUAUUGACGGGGCAGAAGGCCACUGCCGACCAUGCUGCUACGUUACUGGAGAAGCGAUUUGGUACACCAGCUCCGAAGAGGGAGUCCACAGUAUUACUGGUUGAUGAGCUUGAUCUUUUAUGGACCCGGAAGCAAAAUGUUAUGUACAAUCUCUUUGACUGGCCCACACGGAAACAGGCAAAAUUAGUUGUUCUGGCAGUAGCUAAUACGAUGGAUCUUCCAGAGAGGAUCAUGAUGAACCGGGUGGCAAGCAGACUGGGCCUGACCAGAAUGUCCUUCCAACCAUACACCUAUAAACAGUUGCAGCAAAUCAUUUCUUCCAGACUCAACCGAUUGAAGGCUUUUGAGAAUGAUGCAAUUCAGCUAGUAGCCAGAAAGGUAGCAGCUCUGUCUGGUGAUGCAAGACGUGCUCUGGACAUUUGCAGAAGAGCUGCUGAAAUAUGUCAAAACUCACUGAGCCAGAAAGCUGCAUCUAGUCUUGUAGGAAUGCCUCAUGUGUUACAAGCUCUUGAUGAAAUGUUUUCCUCUCCAUAUAUAACUGCUAUAAGGAAUGCAUCUGUUCAGGAACAAAUUUUUAUGAAGGCAGUGCUUGCUGAAUUCCAAAGGCUCGGUCUGGAAGAAGCAACAUUUCAGCAGAUUUACCAGCAGCAUAUUGGACUAUGUAGAAUAGAAGGUCUGCAGCCGCCAACAAUUUCUGAGACUAUGCUGGUUUGUACAAGACUUGGAGCUUGUCGGCUGCUUCUUGUUGAAUCCAGUAAAAAUGAUCUUCACCUGCGAGUUCGAAUGAAUGUUAGCCAUGAUGAUGUAAUGUAUGCUUUAAAAGAAAACUGAUUUGUAAAUAUUAUGCAAUAUAGAAUGUUCAGUAUGCUGAAGCAUAUGUUGCUAUUUUAACUCUUAACCAAUAUUAACUUUUUUAACAAAUUUAGGUUUUCAAAGUUUUUACUAAUUUAUUUUGAGCAGUUCUUAUAAUAAAUAAAUAUCAACUUUGCUUUGACUAUUCAAUAAAUAAGGCGGCAAAUAUUAAAGCUUUCAGCCAAAAAUGUAACUCGGUUCAUCAUUUUUACUUAUAAUGCACUUUAUUCUUUAACCAAGCAAUUGUGUCUUAUUCCUGAGCUAAUACUGCAUGAAUACAGUAUAGGUCUAGUUGGUUAUUUAAUUUUUUCCUUGGCUAUACCAAAACUGAGUAAUCAAAAAUGAAAGCUUUCUUUCAGCUGUUCUGCUACCACAUUAUUGGUUUUUGGAGUCAUUUGUUGACUGAAAGAUUUAGAAGGUUAAUCUCACAUGAUAUAUUACUGGGAGGACGGAAUCUUAUCCAUACAGAGGCUGUAUUGUCAGUUUUUCAAACUGUAGCAAGUGGCUCUGGAAGCAGUGAGGCUUUUAUCAACUACACAAUCCAGAUGAAACUUUUAAAGUUAAAGGUGCCUAGAAGAAAAAUUCCAAGAUGUUCACCCAACCUACUUUUCAGCCAGGAAAGGGCUCCUAAGCCUCUGUCUUAUGUUGCCAUGAAAUCUCAGUUGAUGGCAAGUAUACUAGUGUAACUGAUUCACAAGUUGCAGACAAAACCAAUGGAAAAUCGCCAGUCUUGUAAGGGAACGCCACUGAAUAGUGCAAAUAUUCAGGGCGGUGUCAGCUGUAAAUGAAUAGGUUCUAGUAUUUACAUCAUCCCCACCUCAAUCCCACAUUUCCUUUCACCCAACAUCAUUAUAAGCUGUCCACACAACUAAGUUUUCCAUUGAUGUAAAUAAAAGAUAACUUUGAAGCAAAUGAAAAAAAUGAGAAGUGGAAUACAGAACAAGAACACAGAAGGAAUUCUUCACUUGGUACUGCAAAUUCUGAAGUGUUAAAUCAGGAGGAAUGAUCGCUAUAUUGAUUUCUUUGGAAUUUGUAAAGUUGAUAUCAGAGCUGGCCUUUGAAGAAUACAUUUUAGAAAUAUUUUUGCACACAUGCGAUCACUGAGGUUUUGAAGGCUUUUGUUUUUGCAAAUUAAAAAAAAAGAAAUUUGAAAUUAUAGUAUUUUUAAAAAAGCUUUGGAGGGGUUCAUCCUGGCUCAGGGUGUCUGCUCAUGGCCCCAGGACUAAUCUGGGCUGGAUGUUGAUUGCAGAUUGUUCCUUAGAUCAUGUUAUAACCAUUACAGUGCAUCAUGGGUGUUAGUGCACAUUGGAUAAAUUAUUGUAGGAAUCAAGAUGCCAAGACAGAAGUUCAAAUUCAACCACAGAAAAUGGAAAAUAUAAAUUUUGUUAAUGAGAUGAUCUGGAAUAAAUGAUCACCAACUGUGACCAUGAAACUAUUUGAAAGCUGCAAAAGCCAAGGUGUAUCAUCAAUGUACUACCAUGGGGAAGA